AUGGCAGUGUGCACGCUGUCCAUCCACAAGAAGUGUGAGCCCAAGAGCGAGACAGAGAAGGAGAGAGAAGGUGAGAGAGAGCAGGCCUCCCCAAUAUGCCCUGUACCCACCAGCCAUGAGCUGCCUCCCAAUACUCCUCAGCUCUCUCUGAAGCAUGUAGAAACACCGGGCUCGACCCGGUCCUGUAAGAGUGUGGAGACCAGAAGAAGACCUUCACGCAGAGUGAGCGUGCCGCAAGCCAUGGAGGAGAGCUCUGAGGUGGACCUGGUGUACAUCACAGAGAGGAUCAUCUCCCUGUGCUUCUCCAGUGCUGUGGAGGAGAACAUCUACACCUCCAGCCUGACAGAGGUGGCCUCCAUGCUGCGCUCCAAACAUGGGGAACACUACCUGCUUCUCAACCUGAGUGAAAGGAGAAAUGAUAUCAUCAAGCUCAAUCACAAGGUGCUGGAUUUCGGCUGGCCAGACCACCAUGCCCCAGCGCUGGACAGGAUCUGCAGCAUGUGCAAGGCCAUGGACACCUGGUUGAACACAGACCCAUGCAACGUGGUGGUGCUGCACAACAAGGGUAACAGAGGGAGAACGGGGGUGGUGGUAGCAGCCUAUAUGCACUACAGCAACAUAUCUGCCAGGGCUGGCCAGGCCCUGGACCGCUUCGCCAUGCGUCGCUUCUAUGAGGUCAAAGCACUUCCUGUCGGUCAGCCAUCCCAGAGAAGGUAUGUGCGUUACUUCAGUGGCCUGCUGUCUGGUCAGAUCAAGAUCAACAACAAGCCCCUAUUCCUGCAUCACGUCAUCAUGCACGGCAUCCCCAACUUUGAGUCCAAGGGAGGCUGUCGUCCCUUUCUGAAGAUCUACCAGGCCAUGCAGCCAGUGUACACUUCAGGAAUAUACAACGUGCAAGGAGACAGCCACACCAGUAUUUGCAUCACCAUAGAACCUGGCCUACUGCUGAAGGGAGACAUCUUGUUGACAUGCUAUCACAAGCGCUUCAGGAACCCCAGCAGAGAUGUGGUGUUCAGGGUCCAGUUCCACACCUGUGCCAUCCAUGACCUGGGGGUGGUCUUCGGCAAGAAUGAGCUGGAUGAGACUUUCAAAGAUGAGAGGUUUCCAGAAUACGGCAAAGUGGAGUUUGUCUUUUCCUUUGGACCCGAGAAAAUAAAAGGGCUGAGUCACCUUGAGAAAGGCCCCAGUGUGUCUGUGGACUACAACUCCGACAAAACCCAGGAUCCUUUGAUCCGUUGGGACUCAUACGAGAACUUCAACCAGCGCUGUGUGGACCCCACAGAAGAUGUGGUUCACACCCAGGGUCCUCUGGAUGGUAGCCUGUAUGCCCGCAUCCGCAAGAAAGAAUCACUAGAGGGUGUGGUCACUAUCAACGGUCUCCCUGUACUGGACAACCCUCUGACCAGCUCCGACGCCCCUCUACAGCACCAAGACCACGCCCACCCCAACGUAGACCACACCCUUCCCGUGGUAGGCCACGCCUCCUUGCCCGCAGUCGACCACGCCCUUUCGGUGAGCAGCGACUCUGGGAACUCGACCGCUUCCAUCAAGACCGACCGCACCGAUGACCACAGCCAGUCCCUGCACGGCGGGGUGAACCACAACCACAACCACAUCCACCUCCCUGGUCACCCUCCUCUCAGUCCCCAGGAGAAGAAAGAGUUGGACCAGCUGCUGAGCGGCCUGGAAGCCCCUUCCGUGCUUCAAAGCCAGACCUACCGGACCACCAGCCCAGGGGGAGGUGUCCGCCACCUCGUCCCAGCGCAGGUGCACGUCAACGGGGGUCACGCGCGCCUGAUCGCCGCCCCCUCCGCGGAGGAACGGGAGACGGACAUCUUGGACGACGAGCUGCCCAUCAGCCAGGAGGGCAACAGCGUCGAAAGCCUCGGCACGCUCUCCUCGCUCGAGGGGCAGGCCACGCCCGGGGAGCUCUACUACCAAUCCGAGACGUCCGGGGCCGUGCAGAGCGACAGGCCGUGCCUGACCAGGGCCGUCCUGGGAGAGAAGGUGCACGGCCGCGCCGCCGAGAUGCCGGUUCACAGAGUACGGACGUCGUCCUCGGCCCAGGAGCUCAUCAUGGACUCCUCCUCUCCCCCGGGAGACUAUAACAGCUACCAGAACGGAGAGGGGAUGUACCGGUCUCAGUCGUUCGGGGUUCCCCCUACCGACGCCGGCACCCCAGAACCGGGGUCCAAACUGAUGCCCCGCGCCCCUGAGAGGAGCACCAGCAGUAGAGAGGCGGUCCAGAGGGGGCUGAACACCUGGCACCAAUACAGCCUGCCAGACGACCCUUUUGGCCCCCCCCUGCAGAGCACCCACAGCCUUCCCCUCUUCCCGGCCUCCUCGGCCUCCCAGAGGGACAUCGAGCAGUCCAUAGAGGCGCUCAACAUGCUGAUGCUGGACCUGGAUCCUGCCAACGCCCAGAUGUCCAAGUCCUACAGCGCCCCCUCUGGCGAGAACAGCGUGGGCGCUUCCCACGGCCCCUUCUCCCAGACGCUGGCCCGGCCGUCGUACCAGGCCGACCACGCCAUCCACGGGUACAACAACGCCUUCGGCCAGCCCCUCCGGUCACUCGGGAGGGUGUCCACCUCACCUGUCCAGAGCCCCGUCAUGGAGUCGCCCGGGUCUUACAACUCCCAGAAGGCCCAUCUGGCGUAUCACACCGCCACGCACACCCCGGAACCCUACCACAGCCAGCCUCACACUGGUUACCGCUCUGCCGGCCCCCACUACCCCACUGAGCCUUCCCCCACCUCCCCCGGCCAGGUCCAGCUCAGGCCCCUCACCUCCUACCCUGCUGGGGGGGGCCUGUCCCGCUCCCCGGACCCCCAGGAAUGCUCCCCUUACCCUGGCUACAGCACCUCCUCCUCCCCCCUGCCCCCCAUCACCCCCCAGCCCAAGGAUCCCUCCUCCACCUCCCCCGUUCCCAAGGAGGCGGAGCCUGAGGAGGAACUCAACCUGGAGGGGCUAGUGGCCCAAAGGAUCGCCGAGUACAACGCCCGCAUCCGUGGCAUCAGUGCAAGCAUGAGCCCUCAACAGUCUGACCGCCAUCGCUCCUAUUCCUUUUCUGGGAUGCGUUCCCGAGGGAUGACCCCGGAGGAGGCCCAGGAGACGGCGAGGCGUCGGACCACCAGCGAGGGCCAGUACCAGAGCAGCGGACACGACGACUCUCCGGGCCACAUCGGGGCACCGACGCGCUCUCCUAACUUUGCCGACGCCAUCUCCCUCAACCCGGGAGGACGACCCAGAGAGGGCCCCAUGCACAGUUACCGGGAGGCGUAUGAGGAUGAUGAUGCUGACGGUGGCGCCGUUAGCCCCACCUUCGGCAGUGGUGGUGAGGCCUACCCCCUGACCCCUGCCUUCCCCGUGUCCCCCCAGACCCCCUACUCCAACAUGUCGAGGUCUCCCCCUGGCUUGGUCCGAACUCCCCUCUCAACAUUGGGACUGAAGCCACACAACCUGACAGAAAUGCUCCAUGGUGCAUCAGACUCUGAAUCUGUGAGUGACAGCGAGCAAGAUGGCCGUGCACACUCUUUCAACCCCCUCUCCUCCAGGAGUCCAGACAGACACUCCCCACCCAGAGUCCAGAAUGCCCCCGACUCGGGUCCCCCCUACCACCAACGCCCCCCUUCCCCCGAGGGGUCACAGGUCAACAUCAUGGGGGUCCACACAGUCCCCGGCAGCCCCAACACCCUCCACCGCACUGUCGCCACCAACACCCCCCCUAGCCCCGCCCUCCAGCGCCGCCUGGCCAAUCAGACGAGCCCGGCCCUAGCCCGGCACGCCGCUCCAGCCAAUGGGAGCAGAGGCGGCAUCCCUGGCAGCCCUCUUUUUGGCAGGAGCCACAAAAGUGCAGCGCCUGUCCCGCCCAGUCCCCUGAUGGGCCGCCACGGGAUGGGGAGCGGGAGCAGCACCCCUGACGACAGACAGGGGGCGCCCCCCACCCCCUCUUUCCCAGUGUCGCCGCAGCCGGUGCUCCCCGAGAAGAGGCGCAUGCCCAGCGGCGACCGGGACGGACCCAACGGUGGCAUAUCGUACGGUUCGCUGGAGGGGAAGGCUGCGACAUCUGCUCCAGCCAGCGGGGGCAGCACGCCCAGUGUGAGCGGCUCGCACACCCUGCCAGACCUCUCAAAGUUCUCCAUCUAUGACGGCUACCCAGACAUCAAGAUGAACGUGAAGUUUGUUCAGGACACCUCAAAGUUCUGGUACAAGCCUGACAUCUCAAGAGAACAAGCUAUCAGUGUGCUGAAGGACCGUGAGCCAGGGGCGUUUGUUAUCAGAGACAGCCACUCGUUCAGAGGGGCCUACGGCCUGGCCAUGAAGGUGGCCUGCCCCCCUCCCACCGUGCAGCAGAACAAGAAAGUUGGCGACAUUACGAACGAGCUGGUGAGGCACUUCCUGAUUGAGACGAGUGCCAAAGGUGUUCGUCUGAAGGGCUGCCCCAACGAACCCUACUUCGGAUGCCUGUCUGCCCUGGUGUACCAACACUCUAUGACUCCUCUGGCUCUGCCCUGCAAGCUGAUGAUACCCACCAAAGAUCCGAACGAGGAGGCCCUGGAGUUGGCCACGCCCACUGACUCUGUGGCUGAACUCCUGCAGCAGGGAGCAGUAUCCCAGAAGCCCCCAGAGGAAGCUCAUGCAUGCAACGUUCUCUACAUUAACUCGGUGGACAUGGAGUCUCUGACGGGCCCUCAGGCUGUGGCCAAGGCCAUCAGCCAAACGCUGGCCUCCGACCCGUUGCCUACAGCAACCACCGUCCACUUCAAAGUGUCCUCACAGGGCAUCACCCUCACUGACAGUCAGAGAAAGAUCUUCUUCAGACGGCACUACCCUAUCAGCACAGUUACCUACUGCGACAUCGACCCCCAGAACAGGAAGUGGGGCCAGGAGACAAGAGAAUCUGUAAAGCUUUUUGGGUUUGUGGCGAGGAAGCAGGGCAGCACAACAGACAACGUCAGCCACCUGUUUGCAGAGCUCGAUCCUGACCAGCCCGCCUCCGCCAUUGUCAGUUUUGUCUCCAAGGUGAUGAGGCGAUGAAACCCAUCUCCCAUCUAAACCCGCCGGCAGCCAUUUAGAUAUUUUUCCUUUUUUAAGGCUUUUCUUCUUUUUGUCUUUUUUUGGGGGGAGGAUGCAAUUUUUUCACAUUUAUUUAACUUUCAUUCAAUUGUGUUUGAUAAUUAUUUCCCUCCUCUUUUGUUGUCGGUUGAUCUUUUUCAAAUUAUUUACUUCGAAGAUGUUUAUUUAAUGUCUGAAGGACUUGGAGAUGUUUCAAGAUGGCGGCUGAGGAUGUGUGGGGUGGAUUUGUAAGAUGAUGAACUGAGGAGACGGAGGGAACUUCUUUCCCCAACAGAACAACUUGAAGAAGAGGCUGUUAGCUCAUUAAGGACUAAAGGAAAUGCACCGUUCAGUGAGAGGAAAAGUACACUGACAUUUUUCAGGUUUUUUGGAUUGAUUUAACCAAAGGUAGCACUCAGAACAAAUAAUUAUCAGAUGGUCAAUUUAAGCCAUUUUAUGUUUUUUUUCUUUUCUUCUUUUUGAAUAGAUGGUUCUUUGAGAAACAAAACAAAAAAAGAACAAAAGCUAUCAAAAAAAGAAAGAAUGCUUCGUAAACUCUUCUGUCUUCAGAAAAAAAGUUGGCCUCUAUGGCUCAUUACAAAAGAGUAUUUAAUGACAUUUUGCAUGUUAGCUCGAUCUUUAAGCUUGGUCCUUAAACCCUCUACAAAAGUCAUUAGUGAACCCUCAAGUGGACAUUUCUAGGCCUGGUGUAUGUUGUUAAGGGCUCAACUUCACAUAGCAGACCAAACUCAUCGAACACCGCACUGUGGUCCAACUAAGCCAGAGAGAUUUCCUGUCUGAGGUCCAGGGAUGACCAGUCAAUCCCCGAACUCAUUGAUUCUAUUUAUCUGAUCUGGUGGAAAUGGAUUCAUCUUGCCCGUGGAAUGCGGGGGAGGUCAUGUGGGUAUUCUGCUGUUUUCACUUGUGCUUCCUGGAUCUGGCUUUGCUCUGCAUUAUGCUGAAACCUCCUGUCCACUAGGGGUAGCUGUCGGGCCAUUCCUCCCAGGGACUGAUCCUUCAACUCCUGCUUGCUGGACUGGCUACUCUCACACUGCAACUGCUACUGAACACACUGAGACACCCAGGGACAGGUCCUGAGGCCUGAGCCUAUGCACUGUCCUGCAUGUUUUAGUCCCAGUGCACCCCUCCCUCCCUCUAAGCUAUGUUCAACAUCACCAAGACUCUAUUCUAUGCUGUGUGCAAUGAAGACGAUUUGAACCCCCUUUAGACAUAUGGGGGGGGGGCGUUAGAGGUUGUUUGACUUGUGAAAGACUGCAUGAAAACUAAAUUUUUGUACUCUUCUCUGAGUUCUAAAAAGAAGAACUGGUAGACAACUCAUUGUUGACGUAGUUACCCGGUGAUGAGAUGCAAUAUUUCUACUCCCUUUUAUCCCAUCUUGAACCAGGGUUACCUUUCACUGUAUCAAGGAAAGUCUUUGUUUUUGUUUUUCAAACCCAACGGUGGAUCAACAUUUUUCUCUGAUUUGCAUUUAGAUACCUGUAGCCGAAAAAAUGGAAGAAAAAAAUAACCUAGACGUUUCCACACUGUGUGAAAAGGCCUGCUAGUUACACACACAAACAAACGUUCACUGUCCUCCAUAAGCUAGAGAAAAAAAACGAUAUUGUUAAAUGUAUAUAGAUAAACUACUUUGAAAGGUGACAUAGCGAAAAAGUAUUUAUUUUUGUUGCUUAGUUCCCUCAUGGUUACAAGUCAUAUAUACAUAUAUUGUACAGUCUACAUAGAGUAGAUUUACUUAAAGGGUUGAGAAAAAAGAUAUACUUAUUUUGGCUAAUGAUUUCAAAGUCAGAAAGGCUUUGAAAGGCGUCUGAAUAUACAUGGUGUACAUUACUGUGUCCGUGUCUCUUUAUUCAGAUCUCCAUGUUUUGUUUUGUCUUUGUGUUCUCUGAGAGCGAUGUUGUAGGGCAUGUGUGGGUAUGGGACAGACCCAGAGGACUCUUACAGGACAAGUGCAUGGACAGCUUAGCUCUCAACGACAAAAUGCAAGGGUUUGUUUUAAAACGUUGCUGUUUAAAACGUUGCUGUCUAAAAACAGUGCACCAAUUUUGUUGACUUUGCGUAACUGAUGUCUGUAGAUCUGGGGGCAGCUGUUUGAUAAGGUUUCAGAUGCAGGUUUGUAUGGGAAGCAUGAGGAUGACUGGACUGGAAGCCAACCUUAAAUGCAAUAUGUAAGCAAUGGUAUGCAUCCGUUAUGAUAAUAUUAUUAUUUGCCAAAGAUCCAAGCACAUCUAUACUGUCCACAGGUUUUGCUUUUAUCAUGAACUUUGCCAUAUGAAGCCAAAAUAUCUCAGUUGGGGUCAUUUGUCUGUUAUUUGUCACUUGCUUUUCAUUGGUACUUAUGCAGAUCGACAACUUGUGUCAAACACGUUGCAAUUACUGACAAAUGUCCUUGUAAUUUCCAUAACAACCACGUCUUACCCCAAAAAUAGAAGUAAAAAGCACUUACCUACAUGCACGUGGAAUAUCACAUUACCAACAACAGCAAAACAAUACAAACAUAUGAACAUAUCAACUUUGAUUUCAUUGAAUGUCAGAAGUGAAAGUUACAUUUCCAUUGAUUCAUAUUAUUCCAGUUCUUUCAGUAAUUAUUGAAGUUCCAUUGUACCAUCUUUGUUUAGCCAAGUCCCAAAGCUGUAUAUUAAAUCCCUCACAUCAUUAUUUAUUCUCUUAUUUAUUCUUUUUGAAUGUAUGUUUCAUACAAUCUUUCAUGUUUUAAACUACAUUAUCUCAGUUGUCAGUGUCAAAAGCAAAGGAUAAGGAAUGUAUGGUACCAUUCUACCUGUCGCCAAGAGGUCCAAUGCAAUAUUAUUGGUCAUAGUGUUGUUCAA